CUUUCUAAUAUUAAAUACAACUAACUCUUUUUACACUAGUGACUAGUGAUUGUACAGAGACUAGUUGUCAUCUUAUUAUUCCAAGUAGCAAUUGCCAAUUUUAUUUGUAGGAGACAAACAAGCUAAGGACAAGAGUGAGGAGACUAUAAGCCAUUAUUCAUAGCAGGUGAUUGCUGGUCAAAUUGGACCAAUUCAUAAGUCAUUCUGCUAAGGACAAAAUGAGGUAUAGUAGUUAAGGCCGGACAUAGAAGAUUAACAUUGGAAACAUCUAUAAACAUGUAAUAAAAGAAUAAUGGAAUCCCUGCAUCAAUUUGCACUUCUUCUUCUCAAAAAUACAGAUUACACAGGAAACUUUUUUUAAUGCUCUAAUGAAAACGCAAUAAGAGACUAUUGUUAGAGCUGAUUAAGUACAUUACUAAUACCACGAUGCUAUAUACCAAGUUACAACCCUUUAUUCUGCUAUUUAUUUUCUCAGCCGUCUCUUCACUGGGUUGGGCAACUCCAAGUCAUUAUGAAGAGAAGAAUAACGGCAUGGUUUCAUGGAGUACUCAAAAGCAUCUUCUUGAGGCAACAAAUGCUAAACCAAUUUCACAGAACUCGCCUCUGAUAUUGGCUGCCGAGAGAACACAUAGAAAAGACCCUAGUAAUGGUUUUAACUAUUACAAGGGUGGAUGGAAUAUUAGUGAAAAGCACUACUUUUCUUCAGUUGGGUUCAGUGCUGCUCCUUUGUUCAUAAUAGGGGCAAUUUGGUUUGUGGGCUUCGGUUUGUGCAUGUUGGUCAUUGGUCUUUGCCAAUGCUUCUGCCAAUACCAACAUUAUUCUCACUAUUCUCGAACUACCUACUUACUCUCCCUCACAUUUCUCGCAGUGUUUACCAUUACAGCAAUAAUUGGAUGUGUUGUACUGUAUUUGGGGCAAGGGAAGUUCCACAAUGAGACAACAAAGACAUUGGAGUACGUUGUAGAGGAAGCAGAGUCAGUUGUGGAGAGUCUUGAGAAUGUGUCAACUUAUCUAAAUGCUUCUAAGAAUGUGGGAGUGGCUCAGUUCUCACUCCCUGCUAAUAUCAAACAAAGAAUCGACAGUGUUGAGAACAAGAUUAAUGCUUCUUCUACUAUUCUCCAACAAGGAACAGGGGACAAUGCCAACAGGAUUCGACAUUUUCUAGAUUCUGUGAGAGUGGCUCUUAUUAUAUUCUCGGCUGUGAUGCUGUUGUUUGCUUUGUUUGGUUUUGGUAAGCUUUUAAUUAGGAGGUUGAAUAAAUUAGUAGUACAAUGCUAUUUUUUACUUAUAAAAAACAAAAAUCAUUUUACUCUUUCCUUCUCAUGUUUUCCGCUUUACAGAUUGGUAGUUAUUGGGUGGAUCCUUGUAACAGUAACUUUGAUUCUAGGUGGGGUAUUUCUUCUUCUUCACAAUGUAGUGGGAGACACUUGUGUUGCAAUGGAUGAAUGGGUAAGAAACCCAACAUCCCAUUCAGCUUUGGAUGAUAUUCUCACCUGCGUUGAUAAUGCCACAGCCCAACAAACACUAUACGAAAGCAAAGAUGUCACCUUUCAAUUGGUCAGUAUCGUUAACCUGUUCAUCACCAAAGUAUCAAACUUUGAUGCUCCACCUCAGGCUGGACCAACCAUUUACUACAAUCAAUCUGGUCCAUUGGUUCCUAUCCUUUGUAAUCCAUUCAAUUCUAAUAUAACUGAUCGCCAAUGCCCUAGUAUUGAACUCAGUUUUCAGAAUGCUCAACAGGAAUGGAAAAAAUAUGUAUGCGAAGUUUCAGUAAUUGAAGGUAUUUGCACUAGUGUGGGUCGUUUGACCCCAAUUUACUAUGAUCAGUUAAUGGCAAUUGUAAAUGUGAGCUCUGUGUUAUACAAUUAUGGGCCUUUCCUUGUGGAGCUGGGAGACUGUACUUUUGUACGGAAAACCUUCAUGAAUAUUAGUUUAAACCAUUGUUCCGGACUGAGAGACAACAGUAGAUUGAUUGUUAUUGGGCUAGUUUUGGCUUCUGCUGCAGUUAUGCUUUGUUUGUUCUUAUGGGUUUUCUUCACCAAAGAAAGCAAACAUGGAGGUUAUGAUAAACAGACUCAACAAGAUAGUUUCUCUGUAGACAGAAAAAUAUAACCUAGCUAGUAUUGAUCGUGUAUAACUUUUUAAUAGUUAAUCAUGUUAUUGUAGUAAAAGUAAUUAUGUACUCAUACUGAUACUAGUACAUGAACAUCGAUCCUUUUACUAUAAAGUUGAUCAAACAAUUAUUGAUUGUUUAUUUAUUUAUUUAUUUAUUUUGAGAACACGUGAAAAACUAGUGAACUCCAAUGGACACUUUGACAGGACCAAGACUAGGACAAGAUGAUUUUAUUAAUGAACAGCCUCAACCAACACAAGAUGCUACACUAUCAAGAGAACCAAGCCACCACACCUUGUUCUUAGUGUUUUGCACAACCAUAAUUGGCCAACUCAGCCAACACAAGAUGUUACACAAUGAAAAUAACCAUCUAA